GACCACCAUUCAUAACCAUUAUAAACAGCAACGAUUGAGUUGCCUGAGGACAAAUCUGCGAGAGAACAGCCUUAAAACGAUAUUUUCAGCCUUCACAACUUCAGAUUAAAGAGAAAUACAAAUCAAAACGUGGCACUACCAUGAAUCAUUGGAUGAAGAAAAUGGACGAACACUCAAACAGUUGUGUUGCAGAGAAUUCAAGGGAACCUGACAUGGUACUCGAUGACCAUCCAUUGGAAGGAGAACUUCCUACCCAAGACCAGGCUCCACUGGACAACAAGAACCUUGGUGAUCCACCUCCUUCGCGCCCAGACAUGAAUGCUGAAGAGACUGCUGGGGCUACUCCAGAAGGAACAGGUCCUGGAGUUCAAGCCCUGGACCAAAUGGCUCCUAAGACCAUAGAAGAUAUCACUGGCGAUCCAUCUCUUCAGGAUGUUAGCUAUGUAGAGGAAGAGGACCCUUCUCCGCCCCUUAGCCUCUCUUCCCGAAUUGAUGGUGUUACAUAUUUACAUCCUGCAGGGGAUGCCGGAGCCGAUAGCAGCACCCAGGAAUUUUCUGCCAUUGGUAUGGAAUGGGAGAAAAUACAAGAUGGAGAGGGGGAGGAGAUAUUAUCUCGUCCAAAGAGCCUCUCUUCCAAGGAGGAUGAAGUUCGUUCGUUCGAUGCAGCUCUUCGUGAUGAUAGCAUUGAAGAGAAAGGGAAGAUUUCUCUGCCCCUUAGCCUCUCUUCCCUAAAUGAUAAGGUUAAGUAUCGACCUCCUGCAAAUAAUGCAGGAGGUGAUAGCGGUACCCAGGAGUUCUAUGCUAUGGUUAUGGAAUGGGAGAAAAUGAAAUAUGAAGAGGGGGAGGGGAUAUUAUCUCGUCCAAAGAGCCUCUCUUCCAAUCAGGGUGCACCUGACGAGUUAUCUCAGGUCAGAAAGAGGUCCAUUUCAAACGCCUUAAAGAUCCAUCAAAUCAAAAAGACGAAUGUCAAACAGUUUAUAAGGGUGAAUAACGACCGGAGGGAAUACUAUGAAGUGUUUGAAGCUAUCAAAAUGGAUAUAAGUAAACUUCAAACAGAAGUUGUGUCACUCAAGAUCGACAGUUAUAAUGUAAGGAAAGAAAAUUAUGAAAUCAAGAGAGAAUGUUCUGUACUGAAGAGUGAAAAUGUUCAACUUAAAAUAGAAAUGUCCAAGCUUAAACAGGCACAUCACAAUGAUCCGAUUGAUCGUGAAGCUUUGAGAAAUGAUACAACUUCCUUUCAAAAAGAAGACAUGUCACCGAAAGCAGCUCUGUAUGCAUCUGUUUUUCAGGAUGAUGAUAUGGCACAGUUGGUUACACAGGAGGAGUAGGUAUCCUCGAAGAAUAAAAUGACCACAGCGGUGGAGAGUAUGUUAAGCUAAUAUCAUACCAGUUUGUCAAAAUAAAUGAGAGUCGAGUUGUCAAUAAAUCUAUAAAUAAUCA